ACAACACAAACAGCCUGUCUAGCGUCUGUUGACAGCCGCUAGUGUCAUACAGAGCCCCCCUCACCUCCACAUUGGAUUUUUUAUUCAUUUAAAAACCGACCCUGUUCCACGGCUCCGGAUGAAACAUGGAGAAGUACGAGCAGGUAUUGUGUCUGGGCAGUGGGGGAGCAGCAGACGUGUUCCUGAUGAGGCAUGUGGAGCGGAAGAGCCUGCACGCAGUGAAGAGGGUGAAAGUGGAGCACACAAGGGCGGCAAAAACACAGAGUGCUGUUCUCCAAGAGGCUGAGAUCAUCAGGAGGUUGGAGCACCCUCACAUAGUGACAUGCAGCGAAGCCUUUGUGAGCUCCGACGGCGGAUUCAUUUACAUUGUGAUGGCUUAUUGUGAUGGUGGGACAUUAGACGACAAAGUAAAGGGGAGGAAACCGGGGGAGUUUUUUACAGAGGAUACUGUGAUGGGGUGGUUUGUGCAGGUGACUAUGGCCCUAAGUUAUAUUCACACGGCUAAAAUACUACACAGGGACAUCAAAACCUCAAAUGUUCUGCUAACAAAGCAAGGUGUGGUAAAGUUAGGGGACUUUGGUAUAUCCAGGGUACUGAACAACACAGCUGAUCUGGCCUCCACAUGUGUCGGGACACCCAGCUACCUCAGUCCUGAGCUCUGUCAGGAUGUCCCAUACAGCUCCAAGUCUGAUAUCUGGGCUCUUGGCUGUCUGCUUUACGAGAUCUGUGCUCUCAGGCCUCCGUUCGCAGCCACCAACCUCCUGAGUCUGCUAUACAAGAUCACCAAAGGGGAGUAUGAUCCCGUGCCUGACGUGUACUCUGAAAAUAUCUCCUCUUCAAUAAAAAGGAUGCUCUGCCUCAAGCCUGAAAACAGGCCGAGUGCUGCAUGUAUACUUAGCAGGGCCUAUGUGCAGGAUCACCUGGAGAAUAUCAAACACACAGAGACUCAAUCUAAAGGGGAGAGCUGGGACAUUGAUACAGAAGGAAAGAACACCUCACUGGGGCCACAAGUUCUCAGCCAACCCCAGUUAUGGGAAGAGACAGAACACACUAUGGAGGGUGUCAGUGGUGAGGAGGAGGAGGAGGAGGAGGAAGAUUGUGAUGCGUUGUGUGUCGGGGAACAAAUCCAUUGUGACUGUCGCUAUCCUGAGGACUUUGACGAGGAUGAAAGUUUGUCCUCUGAAGAAGACUGCAGCGGACUCUCAGGGUCUCUGAUGAGGAGCAGUUCUGCUGACCUCACUGAGGUUCCCGACAUUUCACAACAAGUCGACUAUCCAGAUGACUUUGAGGAAGAUGAGACGAGGGAAGGUCAUGAGGAUGAAGCAGACUUAGUCCACGCGGCUUCUCUUCAGCAGCCUCACGACGACGCAGUGGAGGAGUUCCAGCUCUGUGAUGCUGGAGGGUUGAGCAUUACGCUGAAAGCACUGAAAGAAAAUGGCAAAAAAUACACCUUUACAGACUUGGAAACCUUGCAUCUGAAAGGAUGAGACUUCAGGAGUCACAGUAAAAUAUCUGUGAAGUGACUUAUCCUUGUGAGUGCAGGAGUUGCCCUCACAAGGAUUAGUCAUAAAUUACAUAUAGAAUAUCACUUCAUGAUUACCAGGGUCCCAAAUGUUUAAUUUGGUUUCACAAUUUUCUUCAUUCAUGUUCCAUAUGUAAAUGCAUCACCGUUUGUAUUACAUCCUCUCAGUUUUCUCUGACAGUGUUUUGGUCUGUUGUUACGCAUUCGAAAAUGAAACAACUUUUCAAGGGUUUGAUCUUUGGCUCACAAUAAUAAAAGAUAAAAGCACA